AUGGAGCUCUUCCAUCUUGGAAACAAGGUUCCCCCAGAGACUGCACAGUCUCUCAGACUAGACAUAUACAAGAAACUCUCGAUCACAAGCGGAAAGAAGAGAGAGAAGUUUGUUGGAUGCCAUCCCAUAUCUCUAACAUCAGACAACAUCGAUCUUUUGCUCAACGAGGACUUCCUUGUAUGCGAGAAGUCAGAUGGCAUAAGGGCCUUGCUGUUUGUCACAGAGAAAGAGGAUGUGUUCAGAGGGUACCUUUAUGACAGAAAAAAUGACUUCUACGAGCUAGAGAUGGACUUUCCAUUUGACCUGCCUGUUCUUAUGGAUGGAGAGAUUCUGCUAGAAGACGGCACAACACCAACAUAUGCAAUAUUCGACUGCCUGAUAUACGAGGGCGUUUCUCAGAUAUCCAAGAACCUAUACAAAAGACUUGGAUAUGCACAGAUGUUUGUUGAGAGGAUGAAUGAGUCCACAAAAAGGACCAGAGUUCUGAGGAAGGAGGGGGAUGAUGGGUUUGAGCAGAAAAGGGUUCCUAUCGAGGCAGGCGCCCAGGGGCUUGAUCGCACGUACAUACAUUUCUAUACUAAGGAGAUGAUGAAAAGCUAUGGCUUCUGGGAAAUAUACAAAAAGAUUCCCGAGCUGAAGCAUGGAAAUGACGGGCUAAUAUUCACGCCCACGGAUGAGCCUUACUCUGUAGGCAAAAGAGGAGUGAUUCUUAAGUGGAAGCCUUCUUCCAUAAACACAGUAGACUUUAAGGUUGUGAGGAACGGGGGAUUGAGCUGCGUGUAUGACCUGGUCUGCACUGGGAGAAAGGGAAAAGAUGUUGUAUUUGACCAGUUCUUCUGCGAGGACGAAGAAAUGGAUGGGAAGAUAGGCGAGUUUCUAUACGACAGCGAUGGAUACUACUGGGACCUUGACGAGCUUGUUCUGAAGAAGGGUGGGUGGAAGUUAUACAGGAUAAGAACGGACAAGGACACGCCAAACAAUAUAAGGAUAGUUUGUAAUAUACUUGAAAGCCUCAAGGAUAAUCUGACCAUUGAGAGGCUCUGUACCUUUUACAGUGCCAUGCGAGAGAACAGUAAGAACAGAGAGAGGAUGAAAAGGUGA